UCCCAGCAUGCACCGCGAAUUUAUAUAGCCAUCUUGUCGGGAGGUGAAAUUUUAGAUUUUCUGUUUCCGAAGUGUGCUAGUUAGUUAGCUACAAACUUUAAUUUCAAACCGCUUUCGUAGUCGUUUCGAUAGUACGGCCGAAUUUAGUCGCCGAGUGUAGUGGCGGAUCAGGCGGUGUUUAAAAGCGCUCGUUCAGGAUGUGUUUGAUACUUAUAUGUAGGUAGAGAAGUGAGAGGCAGCAGGGGGAGUGAACGCAGCUGAAUCUACGACAGCGGCCUUACACACACACACCGCCCUUACCGAGCUCAGAUCACCAGCAUAUGAGGAGAAAUUAAUAAUCGACACGUCAUCUUGCAUACACCGCUAGUGGAGGUUGUUUUCGUCCGUUGUUUAUGCGUCGAAAAUGCAACAGGAGAGAAGAGGAAGACGGAUGACGCACGAUCAGCGCGGAAAACUGUGAUAUCUGUUCAACAAUUUGCUGUUUUGUGAAGUCAGCAGCGUCUUUAAGCGGUCUUGGUGUCAUCAAAAGCUGUUAAGCAUGUCUAAGAUGCCGGCCAAGAAGAAGAGUUGCUUUCAGAUCACGAGUGUGACUCAGGCUCAAGUCGCGGCCAACAGCGCGACCGACGACACCGAGAGCCUGGACGACCCGGAUGAGUCCCGGACAGAGGACGUGUCCUCCGAGAUAUUUGACAUGUCCAGGACUGACUAUGGGCCUGAGGUAUGUGACAGGAGCUCCUCAGAGGAGACUUUGAAUAAUGUGGGUGAAUCAGAGGGGCAGCUGCCCACUGCCGCCCCCCUGAACGGCGGGUUUGCUCCACGCAACCUGGGUCACCAGGGCGUCCAGGCCUCUAAUACUACGAAUCAACCUGCGCAAGUCACCAGUUCGUCAAGCGCGACGACCAUAACCAGCUGUAGUUCUCGCUUCAGGGUCAUAAAACUUGACCAUGGCACCGGAGAGCCCUUCAGGAGGGGCCGAUGGACCUGUACGGAGUUUUACGAGAAGGACCCGGAGGGCUCUGUGAUGAGCAGGACUGUGGAUAGCAUAAGACACACCAAUGUGACAGAGCCCGGAGCGGAUAGAGACAGUGGGCUCGGGGCCACCGUGGGGUCCGUAAUGGCUCAGGUGGCACCCGACGCGAGUUCCGACGGGUCGUCUUUUCAUAAUGUAGAAUCGCACAGCUUCAACGCGGCCCUGCAACAGGUCGCGUCGGGGUCCGGGUCACCCGAGUCCUUUAGUAAUAAGCCAGUGCCUCUGUCUGCCCAGCAGCAGGCGGCUGUGGCUGUCUCUCACAGUCUCCAUCCGCCCGCUCACGAUGGAGGACACCCGGGCGCCCACCUUCAGAAGUCUCCCAGCAUCCCUCCUUCUCAAGUGCAGCCGCUGCUUUAUCAACCCCAGCCUAUGUCGCAUCAACUGCAGAGCCAGCCGGCUCUGAUAUCAACAAGUCAGCCUGAUUACGGCCAGCGUAACAUGCCGAUUACGAUCACCCAGACUCUCCCCGGGGUGAGCCUUUCCGUCACUCAGGGGUCAUCCCCGAUUCCGACCCCGGCCACAGUUCUGGCUCAAGUAGAAAUGUCUGGAGGUGUUCCUUUAGGAAGCCAAACGGUGUCAUCUGUACCAAAUCUGGUGCAGCAUCCAGCCAUGGGGCUGUUGAACAGCAUCGCCCCUAUGGCGUCCAUUCAGCAGCAACCGGUGCCACAAUAUCAGGCCUCAGGAGUAAUGCAUGGUUUGUCGACAGCUCCGCAAAGCACUCAGAGCUUGCCCGUGGCACCGGUCACAGUAGGUGGCAUGCCAGUCUCAAGUGUGCUCACUGCUGUGCCAGGAUCUACUACAGUACCCAAUACAUCUGCACUCACCCAGGCGUCCCAGGUUCCCCGCAAUGGGACGGCAGCGGGCUUGGGCACCCCAGGAAUGGCCACUGGCGUCUUUAGUCAGGCUGAUGAGAGUCGGAGGAUGUCUGAUGCAUCUGCACAGGUUCACAGUAAAGACAUGAUGAAGCCCUUAAUCACAGAAGGCCUGCAGUUGGCCAACCCGGCUGUCAACAGUCUUUUCGGGAUACCCAUUGCCAUCGAUGGGGAGGACGACAGGAAUCCCUCCACUGCUUUCUUCCAAGCCUUCCAGUCUGGCAGUAGGCUGAAGGACUCAAAGAUGACCUGUGAUAGUGCCUCUGGAGCAAGUGUGGUUGCCAUUGAUAAUAAAAUAGAGCAAGCAAUGGAUUUAGUGAAAAGCCAUCUGAUGUAUGCCGUGCGGGAGGAGGUGGAGGUGUUGAAGGAGCAAAUCAAGGAGCUCUACGAGAGGAACUCUGUGCUGGAGCGAGAGAACGCUGUGCUCAAAUCUCUGGCCAACACCGACCAGCUCUCUCAGCUCACCGUCCAAUCCAACUCCAACCCCUCCGGCACUCCCGUCCCGGGCCAAGCCCAAGCCCAGCCCCAGCCUCAGCCUCAGCCUUACCUUCAGCUGGACGCCAACCAGACCGUGGACUCCCUGCCACGACAGCCGCAGCCCAACGUCACCUCCGCCUGAGCGACGCACUAAUCAUCGCGACAGCAGAAAACCAGUCGCCGCCGCUAGCAUGCCUGCGAACUACGGUCUUGAUUCGGGGUCCCGCUUGGCCCCUUCCCCCUGGAUGAGUUUGUGAAGAGAGUUAUUUUUUUAAUAAAGAGAAUCCAGCCAUGAAAAGGGUGUAUUUUUUAGCGUUGCAGUUUUCAUGUAAGAAGUGAGAAGAGUCUAUUUUCAGAGCCACCGUACUUCACCAGUUCAAUUGUACUGUUUGUUAUUUAUUAUAGGGCUGCUAUUUUCAGAGAGGAACAAUGUCACAGAAACCUUCAAUCCAACAGCGGCAGUCUUAUCGUAUCAAUCAUCAAUGCAAGCGUAAACAGUGACAGACUAGCAGUGGGUAGCGUUUAAACACUAAGAGCGACGUUUCUCUGUGGAUUAAGAAUGUGAACCUGGUGUGAAUGUACAUUUUGUAUAGUGUAAAAAAAAAAAAAAAAAAAACAAAUAAAAAAAAGAGCAUAACAAGUUUGUACAGGUUUGUGGGCAAAAUUCCAAACUGAAUCCUUAAUGGUCUACCCUAAUGAAGAAAGCUUCAGUUCUCUUGCUGGUAGGAUGUUGGAAAAAGAAGUCAGUUGCCAUAUUCUCCUGCCCCCUACCCUAAUGUCUCAUAUGUUUAUGGGGUCGGGAAGGGGAUUUAAAAGAAAAAACUGUGAAGUUGUUCAACCUACUUUGUAACCAAAGAUGCAAAGCUGUGUAAUUCAAUUUUGUUUUUUUGUUUUUUUUUUUUUGUUUUGUUUUUUUAUUUUGUUAUGCACACUCUAUGUACUUCUUUUUUUUUUUUUUUUUUUUUUUUUUUUUUAAUUGUUCCUCACAACAUACUUUUGUUGCUUUUAGGCAUGUUCUGCAUGAUCUGUAAAAGUCAAACCACUUUCUUACCUCAUUUGUAUUGGGCACUCGUAUUGUAAGUAGUCUGUGAAUAGUGUCGGCGGGGGAAGGAGAUAUGGAGGUAAUGGUGAGGAGACAAAACAGACUAGUGUGUGUGACGCACUAGCCACAGAAAAUGAAGUGAGCCAUGUUUUGUUCAUUUAAAUGGUGUUUGAAUUUCAUAUGCCAAUAGUUUUGUUACAUUGCAAAUUUUAAUGUAUUUAAAUAAAUGCAAUAUUCAAAUUACAA